AUGGAUCUGUUCCUAUACCCAAAGAGUCCCUUCAGCGAUUCGUUUGCUGAGUCGGGCUCGGCGCGAUCAGAGACGCUGUCCAUAGCCUCAACGCCUAGCAUAGUAGGUACUCCCAAUCUUGAGGUGCGGGAACCGCCCAAGCCGCAGAAACUCCGCUUUUUGGAUGUCCAGUCGGACUCCUCUGAUAGCCUAUCGCCGUUCAAUGACCACAACGCUACGUUUAGGCCGCCUGGUGCCGCCAGGCCGCCAGGAACACCACUCCACUCCAUGUUCCCACCCGAAGAUGAGCCGACGGAAAUGAAAAGACUUCGAUGGGGUACUACUCGCCGGGCGGCUGGCCGCCCCAAGGGUGGGGUUCACCGCUCUCGUACGCUCAAACAGCUCUUUAACAGGGACUCUCCCUCUAAAAAGUCCUCAUCUUCUCAUGCCCACGGCGCCAAAUCAAGCAAUAACUCAAGUGAUUCUGAGAGCGCUAUAGAUGACUCUCUAAAUAUUAUAGACGAUUAUGGAGACGAUCCUGCUGCAGCCAAAGAUCCUAAGGAUCGCAAAUCCGAGGAGCGGACACUCGCAUUUAACAGAACUCUCCCGCAAAACCUACUAGAUCCUGAGACGGGGCUUCCGGCUCAGGCUUACCCAAGAAACAAAAUCCGGACAGCCAAGUAUACACCUCUUUCCUUCUUUCCAAAGAACGUCUGGGGCCAGUUCUCGACCGAUAUCGCAAAUGGGUAUUUCUUGUUUGUGAUUAUCUUGGGUGUUUUCCCUCUUUUUGGUGUCCCUUCACCUGUUCUUGCGGCUGUGCCGCUCAUAUUCAUUGUCUGCGUCACAGCGCUUAAGGACUCCAUCGAAGACUCUCAAAGAACAGCCACAGACAUGGAAGUGAACAAUCAAUCCACGCACAUACUCACGCAAGUACGCGAAACUGCGCUGGGUUUCAUCUAUAAGAACCAGAAUGUGUGUGAUGAGAAUGUGUCUUUAUGGCGUCAGUUCAAAAAAUGGAACACUCGCCGACUCUUCCAGUUUCUCGGAUUCAUGAAGCGUAUUACCUCCAAGAAAUCUGAAGCAGUCAAGUUAAAAUCUGAAGCAUCCAAGAAGGCAACCACACAAGACCGCAAGAGUUUCGAUAGUGUUGCGGAGUUCAAUCGCUACUCUAUGGUCUCGAUUGCAACCCACAAAACUCACAAAAAACCCAACUCCCGUGUUUCCUGCGCCCUGAGUAAAACCCUAGCUUUUUCGAAAAAGACUUGGAAGGAAGUUCGUGUCGGAGAUAUUGUGAGAAUCCAAAACAACGAAGAGGUUCCGGCUGAUGUAAUGAUCCUUGCAUCCAGCGACGAAGACAAUUGUUGUUUCGUGGAGACAAAGAACCUUGAUGGAGAAACAAACUUGAAAGUUAAACAAGCUGUCAAGCUCACUGCGGAGUCUGAUUUGAAACGCGCAGACGAUUACAUGGGAAUCGAUUUUCAGAUCGAAUCUGAAGGUCCACAUCCAAACUUAUACCUGUAUCAAGGAGCUGUGCUAUACGAUGAUGAUGGUGUUCUUGGAAAGGAACCGGUAACAAUUAACAACAUGAUGUUGCGGGGAUGCUUUUUGCGCAAUACCAAAUGGAUUACGGGUAUUGUUGUUUUCACUGGCUCAGAUACCAAAAUCAUGCUUAACUCAGGGCUCAGCCCUACAAAAAAAUCCCGGUUGUCUCGUGAAUUGAAUUACUAUGUUCUCCUCAACUUUAUCAUUCUCUUCAUCAUUUGUUUUUUGUCUGGUCUCAUCAGUGGACUAAUCUACAGAAAUCAAGAUACCUCAAGAGAAGAAUUCGAAUUCGGUACUAUUGCAGGUACACCCGCAAAAAAUGGUCUUGUGAACUUCAUCGUUGCAGUUAUUUUAUACCAAUCACUUGUUCCAAUUUCACUUUACAUUACCAUUGAAAUUAUCAAGUUGAUCCAGGCUUACUUUAUUCACUGUGAUGUCGGUUUGUAUUAUGACAAAUUAGAUUUACCUUGCAAUCCGAAAACCUGGAGUAUCUCUGAUGAUUUGGGCCAGGUUGAGUACAUUUUUAGCGACAAGACUGGAACUUUAACUCAGAACUUGAUGGAAUUUCGCAAAUGUACCAUCAAUGGUAUCUCCUAUGGUCGCGCUUACACUGAAGCAUUGGCUGGUCUCCGCAGAAGACAAGGAGUUGACGUGGAGACGGAGUCUAGAAUUGAAAGGGGCCUCAUUGCCCUCGAUAGGGUCGAAAUGCUUUCUUCUUUGCGCUCCAUCAGCUCGAACAUCUACGAUGACGACCUUACUUUUGUCAGUAAAGAAUUCGUUUUUGAUUUGGCGGGCAAAUCAGGUGAUAUACAGAAACAUGCCGCUGAAGAGUUCAUGUUAGCUUUAUCGCUUUGUCAUUCUAUUCUUUUGGAGGAUGACCCUAAAAACCCCGGAAAGACAUUGUUGAAAGCGCAAUCACCAGAUGAAGCUGCCCUUGUGGGUACCGCAAGGUCAUUAGGCUUCAACUUUUGUGACAAGACGAAAAGAGGAUAUGUUGUCCGCAUUCAGGGCCAAAAGCGUGAAUAUCAAGUUCUCAACACCUUAGAGUUCAAUUCGACGAGAAAGAGAAUGAGCGCUAUCAUUAAACUCCCGAGCGACAACGAUGCUGAUGAGCCUAGAGUUGUCUUGUAUUGUAAGGGUGCGGAUUCUAUCAUUUAUUCCAGAUUGCUGACAACUGAAAAUGAUCCUCAGAUGCUCAACGAAACAUCUCAACAUUUGGAAGGUUUUGCAACUGAGGGUUUGAGAACCCUCUGUAUUGCUAGAAGGGAACUCACUUGGGCUGAAUAUGAAGAGUUCAAUGCUCGCCACCUCGAGGCUGCUGCUUCAUUGACUGACCGUGAAGCCAAGAUGGAAGAAGUUGCCGAUUCCAUUGAAAGAGAACUUGUCCUCAUUGGAGGAACAGCUAUUGAAGAUCGUCUUCAAGAUGGUGUCCCAGAGUCUAUAUCGACCUUAGCUCAAGCAGGCAUUAAGCUAUGGGUAUUGACAGGAGACAAAGUGGAGACAGCCAUCAACAUUGGAUUCUCUUGUAAUCUUUUGGGCAAUGAUAUGGAGCUUUUGGUCUUAAAGACUGACCUCCUGAGUGAGGAUCGAAAGACACACUCUAUUGACUCAGGGGACUCGGAUGUUGAAAUUAUCGACAAACUUAUUACCGGCUAUCUCAUGCGCUAUUUCCAGAUGACGGGUUCGAUCGAAGAACUCGAAGAAGCCAUGAAAGACCACUCCGCGCCAUCGGAGGGAUUUGGUGUAGUGAUCGAUGGUGACGCUUUAAAGCUAGCUUUAGCAGACCCAGAAAUCCAGCGCAAAUUCCUUCUCUUGUGCAAACAAUGUAAGGCAGUUUUAUGCUGUCGUGUGUCCCCUGCUCAGAAGGCAGCUGUUGUCAAAAUGGUCAAGGAUACGCUUGAUGUUAUGACACUUGCAAUCGGAGAUGGCUCCAAUGAUGUCGCAAUGAUCCAAACAGCUGACAUCGGAGUGGGAAUUGCGGGAGAGGAGGGAAGACAGGCGGCUAUGUCAUCCGACUAUGCCGUUGGGCAAUUCCGUUUUUUGACGAGGCUUUUGUUGACUCAUGGUAGAUGGUCCUACAAACGUUUCUCCGAAAUGAUUCCUUGCUUCUUCUACAAAAACAUCAACUACACGUUUUCUCAAUUUUGGUUCAGUUUCUUCUGUGGUUUUGAUGGAACCUACAUGUUCAAUGUAACAUACUUGAUGCUCUAUCAUGUUGUUUUCACAUCGUUGCCAGUCAUUACUCUUGGUGUGUUUGAUCAAGACGUCAACGCGGCGGUAUCGAUGGUCACUCCUCAAUUGUAUCGUUCUGGUAUAUUGAGAAGUGAAUUUACUGAGAGCAAGUUCUGGAUUUACCUCAUGGACGGAAUCUUCCAGUCCCUUGUAUCGUUCUUCUUUCCUUACUUGGUCUAUGCCAAAACGUUUCAGACCCACAAUGGGUGGGGAUCUGAUCACCGGUUUGCCAUUGGAAUUUUAGUGGCCACCAUAUCAUGUCUGUCGUCAAACUUAUAUGUGUUGUUUCAUCAAUACAGAUGGGAUUGGGUUUCGUUUCUACUGGUCUCCGUUUCUAUUCUUAUUAUUUUCCUCUGGACAAUCAUUUGGACGUCAGGAUUGUGGUCCUCGGAGUUUUAUGACACUGGUCGCAUCAUGUUCUCACUGGGCACCUUUUGGGCCUGUUUUGCCAUUGCAGUCUGUGUAUGCCUCUUACCUCUGUUUGUUCAUGAUGUGAUCCAGAGGUUAUUUUAUCCUACAGACAGUGAUCUUAUCAGAGAAUGUGUCAAAAGAGGAGAUUAUAAGAAGUAUCCCGACAAUUAUGACCCAACAGAUCCCUUAAGGGCUGUGGUUGAUGACAAAGUUACGGAAGACCUUCAGGCCUCGCCUGAUACGAGCGGCACUAUGGCAAGUGAAGCCGAAUUGACCAAGAGACAUUCUACGAUUUUGCAGAGGGGCCAAACGAAGUCAAUCUAUCACGACAAUAUGUCUAUUAUCGACACAUACAACCUUGCGCCAACCGCAACAGCAAUGACCGAUGAGGUUUACGAGUUGAAGGAGCUCAAGUCCAACAAUUUAGAAAAGCAGAAAUCUCACAUCAGAGUAUCAUUAGAAACCAGUGAUGUGACCACAGCCAUUGGUCUCCGGAGAUCGAUGGAUACACCCCGGCCACUCUAA